AUAUAAUAAAAACCCUACUAAACAUAAAAAUCAAUCUCUUAAUUUCUUUGAAAAAGAAAAGUGAUACGCUCAAAUGAAGAAGGGGAAUAUGUGCUGUUGAUUUUUAUUAUAUGUACUUGACAAUUUAAAGGGUUCUAUGGAGAAAGUUAGAGAAGAGAAAAAAAUGAUAAAGAUUGAGAAUUCAUCGGCUGCAGUUGCUGCAAAUUCAACGACAUUCAUUAGUGAGCUACAAGAAGAGAUGCCUAGUAUUAAUGUUUCUUUACCAUUAUCAUCCGCUGCAUCAUCAAUAACAACAACAAGCAUCUUUGACAUGAUGAUGCCAUGUGAUUAUAUGGGUGAAAAAGGUUAUUCUUUAGGUUUCUUGGACUUGCUUGAUGGGAAUAACCAAGAUUUUGGUGCUACUUCUUCUUUGUUUGAUUGGUUUCAGUUUCAGACUCCAAUUUUACCCGAUCAUCAUCAGCAGCAGCAACAACCACUACCAUCACCGGCAUCUACAGUGCCUGAAACGUCGGAGGUGUUAAAUACUCCGGCGACUCCUAACUCUUCAUCGAUCUCUUCAUCAUCUAACGAAGCUGGAAUUGAUUCUUCUUCACAAGUUAAGGCUGGAGAUGAAGAUGAACAGGAUCAAGACAAGAAUAAGAAACAGUUGAAACCGAAAAAGAAGAACCAAAAAAGGCAAAGAGAACCAAGAUUUGCUUUCAUGACAAAGAGUGAAGUUGAUCAUCUAGAUGAUGGGUAUAGAUGGAGAAAGUACGGCCAAAAAGCAGUGAAAAACAGCCCUUAUCCAAGGAGCUAUUAUCGUUGCACUAGUGCAGGAUGUGGAGUGAAGAAGAGAGUAGAGAGAUCAUCUGAAGAUAACACUAUUGUUGUUACGACUUAUGAAGGGCAACACACGCAUCCAAGCCCAGUAACACCAAGAGGAAGCAUCGGAUUUUUGCCAGAUUCAAGUGCUUUUGGUGCUGCAAAUUCUUCUUUUGUUAUUCCACAACCUCGUCCAUACCAGCAGCAGCAACAACAACAACAUGCCUAUAUGUAUAGUUCAUCACCUUCUCUCAACAUUACCACCAGUACAAGUAGUUCUAUUAAUCCUCCAUUCUCUCCAAGUUUUCUUCAUCAUGAGAGACGGUUUAGUCCUUCACCAGCUUCUUUGGUUAGAGAUCAUGGUCUUCUUCAGGACAUAGUGCCAUCCCAGAUGAGAAAGGAUGCUACAGAGGAGUAAAUGAAGGACGUUAUUAAGGUUUCGUGUUAGUUACUGGUAUGUAAUUCUCUAACUGACUUAUAUGGAUCAUCAUCAUCAGCAGCACCCAUUUCAUGACACAGAACCUUAUUGUUGGAAAUGAUGAUGAUGGCUAUAGCCUUUUAGCUUAUGCAGGCCUAGCUAGUUUUCUUUUUCUUUUUCUUCUUUGGUUCUUUUCUGUUAUUAAUUCUUUGUAUCCAGAGAUUAUCUUUUUAUGAAGAUAAUUGAGUUUUGUAUCAUCCUUUUCCCCCACUCUAGUAGUUAUUAUUCCAUUUCUUUAAAUUC